UAAUUCUCAAGUUUCAUUUUCUCACUUCGAAACACGCGUGAGCCACGAGGUCUGGUGAAUCAGUUUUGUUUGAGUUGCAUUGAACUUCGCGCAUGCGCUUGUGAGGAUCACAAACGCAAUGGCGACCUUGGGACAUUUCGUCAAAGAGUCUGUUUGCUGUUGUGAUGUUCUCUUAUCCUUGAAUUCGUGCGCUGGUCAAAUGACAUCUGAAAAUCUACCUCAAUUAUCGCUCAAACAUUCCGUCUCUUCUAGAAGAAUGUAAGCACCCCUUCUGAAGAGAAUUAAUUCUUUCUUUGAGAGACUUCAUACUUAGCAAGUGUUCCAAUGGCUCUAUCAGCUGAUGCCAAAACAAUUCUCUUUAUUGUCAUCGGAGCAAUCAUGGCUCUAAUGGGAGCUGUUUCCUACGGAAUGUUUCCUCGUAUUUUACAGUGGCAGGUUGAAGAGAAUUUAAUUUUGUCACCUGAAGCAGAACCUUAUGAAUAUUGGAAAGUAGUACCUGUACCAAUUUAUGCUAGAUUUUACUUUUUUAAUGUUACAAAUACCAAAGAUAUAUUAGAAAUAGAUGCAAAACCUCAUGUUGAAGAACUUGGUCCAUAUACAUUUCGGGAGACUCGAGAAAAAGUCAACAUCACUUGGCAUCCUAAUGGAACUGUUUCAUAUCUUCAAAUAAAAAGGUGGUUCUAUGAGCCAAGUCUAACAAAUGGCUCUUUAGAUGAUUUAGUGACAAAUGUCAAUGUUCCUUUAGCGACGGCUGUAAAUCGAGGAAUAAGAUCAGGUGACUCAUUUUUCAUUAGUGGAAUUGACACCAUUCUUGAACAUACUCAAAGCACACUUUUUGUUACAAAAUCAGUCAGAAAUCUUUUGUUUGAUGGCUAUGAAGAAGAAAUUUUUGAGACUGCAAAGGAAAUUGGGAUUGAAGUUCCAUAUGACAAGUUUGGCUGGUUUUACCCAAAAAAUAAUAGUGACGAUGGAGAAUAUACAAUUUUCACUGGAAAAACUGAUGUUGAUAAAUAUGGUUAUGUCGAUCUCUGGAAAGGCAGCAAAAAUCUAUCUGCAAGACAUCCUCCUUGCAACAGGAUACAAGGAACAGCUGGAGACAUGUGGCCACCUUUCAGAGUUGGCAAGCAUGAGAAAUUAAGUCUUUUUGUGGCUGAUAUAUGCAGUACUUUGGAGUUAAGCUAUCUUGAAGAUGUAGAUGUAAAUGAGAUCGAAUCUCAUAGAUAUUGGUUGGAUCAUACUGCAUUAGAUAAUGGAAAGUAUGAAGAGCAACAUGCUUGUUUGUGUACAGAUUCAUGUAUGCCUGCAGGAGCAUUAGAUAUUGAAACUUGCCAAUAUGGUACUCCAGCUGUUGUAUCAUUCCCACAUUUUUUGUAUGCUGAUCAGCAUUAUCUUGAAAAAAUUGAUGGUCUGAAACCAGAUCCUGAAAAGCAUAUGUUCAUUAUUGAUUUAGAACCUAAAUUGGGGAUACCUGUGAAUGUGAAUGCUAGAUUGCAGAUAAAUGUUGCCAUUCCAAAUUGUGAUGAAAUUGAAAAUAUUGAAUUACCUAAAGAAAAAAUAUAUUAUCCUAUUUUUUGGUUUAGCGAGUCAGCAUCAAUUAAUCUUGAAACAGCAGAGAAGCUAAAGUUUGUUACGAAAAUGCUUCCUCAAUAUGUGACGAUUGGAUGUUUUUUGUCUGUAUCAUUUGGAAUAAUUAUUCUUCUUCUUGCAGUACACAGAAGUUUUCAGCGUGGCAGGCGGAAACCAAAGAAGCACCCAGUAUAUACAGUAUACAAGCCAGUUAACCCUCCAUCAACCAGAUGGAAUAUUGAAAUUCAUCCCAACGAGUUUCGCAAAUGAUGGUUGGAAGAUAGAAAAUCAUCCUUUGUACAUUCAAGUGUUGUCAUUUUAAGAAGAUUCAGGUGCUGGAUAGUCCCAUUCUAUGGGUUAAUUUGUUCAUAAAAAAAUGAAUGCUUGAAAGGAUUAGAAACCUAAAGGACUUAGUGUUUUAACAACAGACUUCAUUAGAAGUGCCAUUUCAGUCAUGCUAAAAGAUUAUGUACAUAUGUUUUCUACAAGCUUCUCACUUUUUUGUAAAAUGUGUUUGUUAUUGAAAAAUUUAUAUGUAUAUAAAUGACAUUAUUAUGAAUUUAAAUUUUGAUAUACCAUUGCAGCUCUUUUUGCAAGAGUUUUUAAAACAAAUGAUCUGAUAAAUGUUUUUCUCUUUUAUUGAGAUUACAUUUAUUCCAAUCAACAGUGCUCAAAUACUGCAUGUAUUUUAUAUAUCAACAUAUCAUUUAUUUAUAUGUUUCCUUGCAUUUGUUGAAUUUUCUGCAAGAUAUGUGGCAACUCUAUAAAUGGAAAUUUUUAUUUAAUAACUUAAAACUCAGUCGACUUGGUUUUCUUCCUGAAUUUUAUUAGACUCCUAAAAAAUUUGUCAACUUUCAUUGUUUCACAUUAUUGAAAGUAUAAAUUAUGAAUUCUUUGGUGUUUAAAAGGUAUAUAAAAUGUAUAUUUCUUACAAAAUGUGCAUUUUUAAAAUCAUAAAAUUACUAUAAAGUAGAACUUUUCAACUUUUUUGUUUUGUUUACAGUCCCUUUUAAGUAGCAAAAGUGGUUAUCAAUUUGAAAUUUCUAAUUUGUUCUUGAUUCCAAGUAGAUAAGAAGGAUAACAAUAAAUAUAAAUGAUUUUAUUGUGGAAAAGAAAUUUAAGUGAAUGCUUCCAUUUAUAAAAUCUUGUUGAAAUAUUUUGAUAUCGUUGAUUUUUGUUUUAUAAUGUUAAAAAUUCUAUAUGAAUAUUUUUAUGACCACAAAAUUAAUGCACUAAAUUCUGCUUUGGAUUACAUCCUUCAGUUUAUAAAGCCCUGAUAUAAAAAAUACUAAAAGUAUAGUUUUAAUUUAUCAUACUAUUCAUUGGGGUUUAAACAAUCAUAAUUAUUUUUGCUAAUCAUUCUCCUUUCAUAUUACAUAUAAUUUAUAUCCUUAAAAAUUUUUAGUUCAUAGUUAAAUAUAAAAAGAUUAGAUAUGCACUAAAGUUACUAUAAUGAAUUAUAGUUUGACAAGGGAAGUGCUAAAUAUCUCUUAUUAAAAGCAAAAUUGAAUUACAAAGGCUUUUUUUAUAUGAAUCAGGUUGACUUUGCUGUUUUUAAGAAUGAAUUUUAUAUGUAUUUAAUAAUCUAUAAGAAUUCCAAUUUCUUGCCUCUUAUGAAGUUUGCUAUGGUUUUAUUUGUUUUGAGAGUCAUAAUAUAUUUGAAAUGAUUAUGAUUUGUUACAUUUAUCUGACUAUCUACUAAUGUGAGAAGCCUUUUAUAUUCUGUGAUGGAAAAUAUUCAAUAUUUGUGUUUUGUUUUGCUAAUUGCCAUUCAGAUAUAUUGUUUUGUUACUCUGAUAGAAUGUAUAUUUUAUAUAGCAUUUUAAAGACUUUUAUAGAUCUCUAUAUUAAUUUUGUAAAUGUUUGUUAACUUUAUGUGUGCCUGCGUAGUAAAUGAACCGUCCACCUCUCUUGCAGUUUUUAUUAUUCACAAAAUUUUGCAUCGCAUUGGUUAGAACAUGUAAUAUAUUGAAGCUUUUGCUUUUUAUUGAGGUGCUGUUUUCAUUUUAUUGUGGGAAAUCUGUUUGUUUUUUUAAUCUUAUUAUUAAGAAUUAUUUUUAAAAAAAAUAGUGGCUGGAAUUAUAAUUGAUAUUUAAGAAAUGUUUUUGUCUUGAAAAUGUCUUCACAUUAGAUUGGUUGAAAAAACAUUUCUGAAUUUAUUCCAACUUGUGUUAUAUGUUUUAAGCUAUACUGCAUUUAAAAUGUUAAAAAACAACUUAUAUUAAAUAUUUAGAAUUUUUUGGUAUUUUAAUUUAUAAUUCUAGUCCAGUAAAUAUUGCAAUGCAAGAUUAUAUUUAUUUUAAAAUUUUUAAUUUUAAAUUGUUUUAUAUUAUUGUUUAUGAAUUGAUAAUCCCUCAAAACAUUUUGACAAACAUUAAAAGCUAUUUGAAAGUAAUAAAUUUAUUUUACUCUGUGUUUUUUUGUUUUUUUUUUCCUUUCUUUCUUCCUGUUUCGGAUUCUGACUUCUAAUUUCUAAAUUAUUUGCUGUGACAAAAUGCCAAAAAAAAAAAAAAAUGUUUUUGUAUUAUGUUGUUAUAUGUUCUUUUUCCAUCAUAAGUUAGCUUAAUUACAAUUCAAUAUGUGUCUAGUAUAUUUAAUGUUUAUUUUGUGUUUUUCUUCAUGGUGCUAUGUCUUUGAGUAUUUGUAUCAUUUUACACUUUUUAUGUACAUCAAUUCAUUUUUUCAUUGUGAUUUUUUUAAAUAUAAUUGUUUUAUUUUGAAAUGUACAAAAUGCAUAGAUAAAGUUUAGAAUUGUUCAUGCUAAAGAAAAAAAAAAAAAAAAUUCUUUAGCAUGUUAGCCAACGUGUCAUUUCAUGGCUAUUAACUAUAUAAUGAAUUUUAGAAUUUAUUUUGAUUGUAUAUAAAUGUGUUGACAUUUCGAUGGAAAGAAAAUUUUAUAUAAAAAAUCAUUAAUAAAAUGAAAUCAUUAGUAAACAGCAGUAAAGUUAAAAUGUGUCAUAAAUCAUUAAAAAAAUAAUAGUUUUUAAUUUAAGCUUUUAAAAGCCAUACCUAUUUUUUGAAAUUAAUGUAUGGUAUGAAUAAAUAUCAUAAAACUUGAUUAUCUUAAAUUUCAAGAUUGAAUUUUUCUGGUUUUUUUUAAUUUUUAAUAUAUUUGAUCAUAAUUAUUUUUUUGUCUCCUAAUUUUAUAUAAGGCAUUCAUUAAAACCUGUUGAUAGGCAUUCAUUUGCAAUUGAAAAAAUGCUCUAAAUAACAGAAAGUUUUAUUAAUUUGAAUAUAAAAUGUAAAUGUCGUAUUUAAAAAAAAUUCAAAGGCUGAAUUUGUAUUCAAUCCCCUUACCCUAUUGGUUUAUAUUUAGUAAAUCAUUCUUGAUGCACUAAAAUUUUAAACAAGUUGCCAUAUUUGUAAAUAAAAAUUGCAAAUUUUGAACUCUGAAUUUCAUUAUAUUUUAAGCUAGUCAUCAGUCAUCUCAAGGAAAUUCCAUGCAUUACUUAGCAAGCUCCUGCAAGAAGCCAUUGAUGUUAUCUGAAGAAGCAACAAACGAUGCACUCAUAACUUUGACAGUUUAUCACAGAACUAUUUUUGUUUAAAAUAUUAAUGUGUCAAGAAUAUUUUCUUAAAUAUGACUUAAUAAGGGCAGUAUAAAAAUUCAGACUUUGUUAAUUUAUUUCAGCAGUACAAUAAUUGACACAAAUAAUUUUAAAAUAUAAUUCUUUGUAGUUUAGAGUAUUUCUUCAGUUAGAAAUAUAUGCCCAACUCUAUAGUUUAGAAACAAGUUUUUGAAAUACAAUUAAGAGUGGGCACUCUGCACAUCAUCAGUUAUGUAACUAAUAUAAUUUGCUUAGUAAAUCUUUACAUUUCAUCUAUAAACCUUAUUAAAAGUUGGGCAGUAUAAAUGCAAUUGAAAUUAUAGUGUCAUAUUGACAUCAUGUAUUUAACUCUACAGUUUGAUGAAAAUGUUAUAAAAAUAAAUAACUAUAUCUUACUUUGCUGUUUGUAAUUCUUUUUUUUUUGUAUAAAUUUUUAACAGAAUAAAAAUUCCUGCUCCAAUUAUUUAUCAAAAAACUGUCAUGUGUGUUUCAGAUUAUGUAUAAUAUUUUGAUUGAAAAUAGAAAUAUUUUUAAGCCGUUCAUAACAGUUCCUCAUUUUCCAGUCUUUUUUUACUGUCCAUUUGUUAUUUUGUGAUAAAAAAAAUAAUCAUUAAUAAAUGAUACUUUUAUGUACAUUUUCAUUUU